ACCUCUAUCUUAGUCUGUGUCCAAUAUAAUUGGUAAAAAUUCAUCAGUUGUUUUGCCAAGUGGGACAGUGUCAUACCCUAUUCACAUGCAUUUUGGAUUUUAUAUGAUUUAUUUGAAAAAAAUGGCGAAAUGACGGGUUUUGAGAUAUUUGAACUUUGAAAACAAAGGAGAAAAAUGUGGGCUUAUAAAGAAUGGAUUGAGCAGCGACUGGGAAUUAUCACCCUACAAUUGCCGUGCACGAUGUGCUCGUGUCAGCACAAAAUCCAUUGGAGUGUUGUGGCCAUUAUUGUAAACGUGGUGUGUCUCGUGCUCUCAACUACCGGUAUCUCUACAGACCAUUGGGCAGUCAAGACUGAAAGCGGAUAUUCUAUACAUUCGGGGUUGUUCCAGGCAUGCAAGAAAUUGAAUGACACAUGCUACGACACGCAUACUUAUUUUGCGGAUCAUGAAUACGAGAAAGGUCUAAUAACCGCCAGUGCCGUUCUCAACGUAUUUUCCUUGAUUGGAUUCUAUUUUUUCUUCGCCUUGUCCGUGUUCUUCCUGUGUGGUCUAUAUGAGGAGAAGAAACUUGCUACAGGAGCCGUGAUUACAUCAUAUGUAUCAGGUUUGUUCGCUAUCAUCGGGAUCGUCAUGUAUGCCGUGAGUAUCAAACGACUAUCAUUCUCACUAAGUUGGUCAUUUAUACUGGCCGUCAUGGGCUUCGUCGUCAACAUUGCCGCCGGCGUUCUUAUGUGUGUCGGCAGAAACAUCAGCACAAAGAAGCGCAUUAAAAAGAAAAGAACUGCAGAUAGUGAACAUCCGGUUGAAGAAAUACAAAUGGAUGAUACAGAUACUACCCGGAAGAAAGUCUGGUCCUCACGUGACGGACCGGAAGUCAGUGCGAAUGGGCCAGACACGCGCAGGAAACUGAAAUUCUCGUCUGGCGCGAAUCAUAAUGGAUGAAUCGUUUAGAAGAAAUGUAUAUUGGGUAUGACAAAUUUCUCAAUGAAGUGCAAAUCUCUACUUUAAGUAUAUUUAUUCCAUUGAUAUCUUUUCUAACUCACUUUACACAUUUUCGACAUGACAACGAUUGUUACGUUAUGGUCAGUUCGAUACAAAUUGUUCAGCAACUCUACUGCAGGGCACAAAAACAAAUGUUGAGAUGUAUUUAAAUUGACUACAUGUGUACUCGCACACCUAUUGAACUAUCCACUAAUUGGUUUUGUACGUAUUUCAAUCUUCUUUUAAACAAAAUCCUGAAAAUACGUAGUAAUAAACCUCAGCUAAAAUGUUAAAUAUAUCAAUCGUGUGUCGCAUUAAUGUAAAUAUAUCGUUUAUUGUUUGUGAUAUAUAUGUUGAAAUGUUUUGUUUGUUAUUGUUAUCUGUAUAGAAUUUUCUGUGCUUAGUUAUCUUUUUUCAAAAUGUUGAAAUAAAAAAAAGACUUAGUAA